GGAUGGCGCCAAAGCCCUACGGCGGGGUGCUCACGCAGGAGCUGCAGUCGCAGUUCGACGCCGCCAAGUCCCUCGAGGUCGGGCGCAAGGGCCGCAGCCUGGGCGACUUCCGUGCCCCAGACCUGCCGGGCGCGCGGCAGGCGUACAGGGCCGCCUUCGCGGAGCUCGAGGCGUCGCUACGCAGCGGCGCGCUCGCGGCCAGCGCUGACGUCUCGCGCGUCGCCGCCCAGUACUCGGCGCGGCUGGCGGAGGUCGAACGGCGCCUCGCGCAGGCGCCGCUGCCGCCGGUGGCGUUCGAUGAGGCGCUCCGGGCGCACAAGGUCGUGGCGUUCGACACCGCCCGCCACCCCCUGCGCGAGGCCGUCGGGGCCGUGCUGCAGGUGCCGAAGCACGCGCUCGACGGGCUGCACAGGGCCUACGCGGAGCUCGACGGGCCGCCGCCACUGUGCCCGGCGCUGCUGUGCGCGUUGGCGAUGCAGCGCAAGCUGCCGACGAGCUGGGGCCUCCUCGCCGGCAGGCGCAAGGAGCACAUCCGUCCGCCAGUUCCGCCGGUCGGGGCAGUUUGCGGAGCUGGUCCGCGUCUUCCGGGGCUUCGUGGAGCAGGUCGUCGUGCCUCUGGUCGGGGAGGACGUCGCGUUCCAGUCGCCGCCGACGCUGCGGUGCCAGCUGCCGAGCUCCCGGCCGCUCGGGCACCGGCACCGCGACGACGAGUACGAGGGCCACCAGGCCGCCUCCAUCAACUUCUGGCUGCCGCUGACGCGCGUCUGGGGCCCGAACACCCUCUGGGUGGAGAGCGACCGCACGCGGGCGACUUCGCGCCCGUGGAGCUCGAGUACGGGCAGGCCCUCCGCUUCAACGGCGGGCAGUGCGAGCACCACACUAUCGCCAAUACGACAGACGCGACCCGCGUCUCUCUCGACUGGCGCGUCGUGCCGCUGAGCUGCUGGCGCGACGAGUUCGGGGGGCGCAUCGGGUCGUACCCGUGCGAGGUUACCGCCUGCUUCGCGGCCACAGCGCCCCUUCACGGGCGCGGGCUCCCGGAGCAUGCCGCGCCGUGA